AUGGCAUACGAAGGACCAGAAGUACUAGUAGGACUAGAUUUCUUGAGACAGUUUAGGGCAAGGAUCGAUUGUGGAAAGGGACUGAUCGAAUUCGACGGAAUUGGACGAGAUACUGGUUGGAAAUACCCAAGAUUAGAAGAAGGAUUAAUAAGAGGAGCAACACUGGAGAAAGGGGAGGACGAAACGAGUGAGGAGGAACUGCGACAAAUCAUACCGACACAAUGGCACCAAUACCUCGAAUUAUUCAAGGUAGAAAGAGCAAGAAGACUACCACCAAGAAGAGAAUGUGACCACGAAAUCGAAUUAGUAGCAGGGGCUGAACUAAAACCAGGACCAAUUUACCAACUGGACGAGCAUGGGGAUGCUUUCCUGAAGCAGUGGAUCAAUGAUGGACUGACUAGUGGACAUCUGCGAAGAAGUAAAUCGCCCUAUGGGUCCCCAGUAUUCCUGGUCCCCAAGAAAGGAGUCAUUCCCUAUCGAGUAGUUACAGAUUACCGGGCACUUAACAAGGUAACCAUCAAGGAUUCAUACCCAAUGCCACUCAUCUCGACACUACUC